AUUGUAAUGAUGACGUGAAUUGUGUUUGAGUGUUUUUAUGGUUCAUUGUGAUACUCAUUUGUGUUUUUGUGUGUCGGAAGCUUCUGAAAAAAUUGAAUAAAAUAAAAUUUACAUUUAAAUAUUUGUGUUCAAAGGACUUUAAUAAAAUGAAUGCGAACAAUGUGAAAGUUCGAAGAGCGACUUUAAGUGACGUCGCACAAAUAUUGGAAAUGAUUCAAGAAUUGGCUGACUUUGAGAACAUGUCUGAUGGUCCUAAAUUGAAAGCAGCUGAUUUGAUACGUGAUGGAAAUCUUGAUGGAUCAUCGAAUAAUCAACUUUUCUACAGUUUCGUUGCUGAAUAUAAUGACAAUGAGAAUCAAUUAAAACUUGUUGGUUAUUCGAUUUCUUACUUCUCAUACAGCACAUGGCAAGGCAAAUCUUACUUUCUUGAAGACAUUUACGUCAAGCCAGAUUAUCGAAAGCUUGGUGUUGGUAAAAAGCUUUUCACAACUAAUGUAAAAUUCGCUCUCGAUGAGCAUUGUAGUCGUUUCGACUUUCAUGUUCUUAGUUGGAAUCCUGCGAAAACAUUUUACGAGUCACUUGGUGCAACGAAUUUAACAGCAUUGGAAGGUUGGGAAUUUUUCAGAUUGCCUCAGACAAAAAUGGAACAACUCGUUGCAAACAUGUAACAAACAUAAACUUCUGACCUUUCAACAGCAAGCGUAUCGUUUUCGUAGGUCUCAGCAGUUUAUUGACUGAAAUUUUCCUCUACAGACUUUUGUUGACCUAAGCUGAUAAGAAAAUCAAAUAUAAAAGAAAAGGAAUUGUCA